AUGCCUAGUUCCAUCCUCACCUUCCUAUCCAAAAAAGACACAAGCCGAAACUCCAGCCCGUCGUCUGACUCGGGAUCGGAAAUCACGUUGAUCGAGCGAAGCAAAUCACACGAUGGCACCAGAGAAUGUACCGCCUCUCAAAUGAGGAAGUCGGUUAAUGAGCGCGAGGAUUUUAAUGCUGCGGAUUUAUGUUUCGGGUCUUGUUGUCGCAAGUAA